AUGAAGUCGCGCAAAAAAGAUGAAGACUUACCAAAAACGAUACCAUGUCCACAUAAGGGUUGUAAUAAAAUGUUUAAAGAUAAUGCAUCAAUGAGAAAACAUUUACACACACACGGUCCACGAGUUCACGUUUGCGCCGAAUGUGGAAAGGCUUUUGUUGAAAGUUCCAAACUAAAACGUCAUCAACUAGUCCACACGGGCGAGAAACCAUUCGUGUGUACCUUUGAGGGCUGUGGUAAACGAUUUUCGUUAGAUUUCAAUCUUCGUACUCAUAUUAGAAUUCACACAGGAGAUCGUCCUUACGUUUGUCCUUUUGAUGGUUGUAAUAAGAGAUUCGCCCAGUCUACAAAUCUUAAAUCUCAUAUAAUGACUCAUGCGAAAAAUGCUAAUAAAUCGAAAGGGGAAUAA